CUCUGCAUCCUACUCGGCCUGUGGACAUCCAGCAUGCAUUGGAUACACACCUCCUCAGGACUUCUCCCUCUGGACCGUAUGCUCAUGGUGACCCUGGUGAGCACCUGCUGUCUCCUGUUCUCCGAGGCCACGUCAGAUGUUACAUCUCCUAAAAUCCUGAGACCGAAGUCACGGAAGAUUAAAGCUUCUCUGGGUGAACCGCUGGUGAUUCCCUGCAAGGCAGACCCGGGGUUUACCGAUGACCUCACUCUCAUCUACUGGCUGGUGAACAGGAGCUUCGUAGAGCACGCAUAUCCAGACGGCAGGAUCAGGGCGGGCCCAGAGGAAACAAAGACGAGAGGCAGCAGAACAUUCAUGCGAAGGGACCUGGUUUUCCAGCAGAUCGCCAGGGAGGAUUUUGAGGCCACCUACAUGUGUGUGGUGACCAACGCAGCUGGGAUUGAUACAAGGGAACUGCGGCUGAAAAGAGUGAACCAAACAUAUAUCUACGGAAGGAAAUGCAAACAUGCUGGAGCGAAAAUAAGAAAAAGAUCGGUUGGUGGAAGACACCAGCAAACCUUCUUGAAAAUAGCUACACCUUCCUGAGCGCGUGAUAUUAAUUACGCUGAUGGACUCAACCCGACUCUCCCGGAACGCCCAGAGGAAGCUUGAGCGAGCGCCACGCGCUACCUUUGCAAUUCUAAUGAGAUGCCGUACAUCAGCCCUGUGACGGGUGUACAUUUCAUUCGCUGUUUAAAUCUGCUGAUAAUAUACAAUAAUAGAGAAGACGUGUGCUGGCCGUGGCGGCUGGCCGGCGAAUGUACAUUCAUUGUCCUUUUAAAAUAUACAAUGUCUUUUGAAGUAGAUGGGAAAAACACAUGCUUGAUUAAAAAAUAUAUACAUAUUGCCUCUUUGUGGUUAAAUGCGCUUACUGUCUGGUAUGACUGAAGCUUCUACAUUCUGAAGAACAACUGCCACACAUUACACUGUUGCUGGUGCACACCGUGGAACUUUUGGAAUGCCAUUUUUGCAGUAAAUCAAGGGGAGUGUAAUAUGUAUUUCCAUGAUUUCCUCAUCUAUCAUCUUAGCUUGUGUUUAAGUGCUCCAGUCCAAGGAUUUCUCCGGUUAUUAUUCUUGAGCCUGAUGGUAAUGAUUACAAAUGAUAUCUACUCCUCUGUUUGGUAUGGUAUCUAUUAAUAGCCAUAGAAUUAUUAGACUGCAAUGCUCUGCUCAGGGGUUUUGUUAAUAAUUAAUCCUGACAAAUAUAUUUUUUCUGC